AUUCGUGAUCUACUUUUCCUCGCUUCUCUCCUUCUUCAGUUUUUCCUUCCAUAACCAAACCCUAGAAAGCUAUAAGAAGCCGAUUUGGAUCUUGUAGCAGAAUUCGUCACCACAACGCAGGAAUCGUUAACUGUAAAGCUUUAGGAACCCUAAUUCGAAGUCCAACCAAAUUCAUUUCAUUUGAAUUGUUUGUAUUUAAACCUUGUAAACUCCCUAGAUCACACCCCCAAUUUAGAUUCGCGUGGUGUUUCAGGGGAGCCCGUAGAACCCAAUUCAUUCUAAGACAUCGCAAUUGAUUCUCUAGGAGAAAAUCACAAUCAGAGUCGUCCGUUUCAAUUGUUGAUGGGCAUGGGUAGGAUUUGCAGAGGAACCUCCAAACCUUCGUCUUCUUCAUCUCCUUCGUUAACCACAUCUACAUCUCAUACCGAAACUGUUAAUGGUUCUCACCAAUUCAAGAUCACUGGCUACUCUCUAUCAAAGGGUCUCGGGAUCGGGAAAUACAUCGCGUCCGACACUUUCAUGGUGGGUGGAUACGCCUGGGCAAUCUAUUUCUAUCCCGACGGGAAGAGCAUCGAGGACAACGCGACUUAUGUUUCUCUAUUCAUCGCGUUAGCAAGUGACGGCACAGAUGUCAGAGCUCUUUUCGAAUUGACGCUUUUAGAUCAAAGCGGGAAAGAGAGACAUAAGGUUCACAGCCAUUUUGGGAGGACGCUGGAGAGCGGGCCAUACACGCUUAAAUACCGUGGAAGCAUGUGGGGUUACAAGCGUUUUUUCAAAAGAACCGCUUUGGAGACAUCGGAUUACCUCAAAGACGAUUGCUUAUCAGUUCACUGUAGUGUCGGUGUUGUUAGAUCACGGACAGAACCACCCAAGAUUUACUCCAUUGCAAUGCCACCUUCUAACAUUGGUCAACAUUUCGGGCAGCUCUUGGAAAGUGGGAAGGGAACUGAUGUAAAUUUUGAAGUUGAUGGGGAGACAUUUGCAGCCCACAAGUUGGUUCUAGCGGCUCGUUCUCCUGUGUUCAGAGCACAACUUUUUGGUCCAAUGAAGGAUCGAAACACUCAUUGCAUAAACGUUGAAGAUAUGGAGGCUCCAGCUUUUAAGGCCUUGCUCCAUUUCAUAUACUGGGAUGACCUCCCUGACAUGCAAGAGCUGACUGGUUUCAACUCCAAGUGGGCUUCCACCCUGAUGGGUCAGCAUCUGCUUGCAGCUGCAGAUCGAUAUGGACUUGAGAGGCUCAGGUUGCUCUGUGAGGCCAAACUCUGUGAGGAUGUUGCCAUAAACACCGUGGCAACUACACUAGCCUUGGCAGAGCAGCACCACUGUUUCCGACUGAAAGCUGUAUGUCUCAAAUUUGUUGCAUUGCCAGAAAAUUUGAGAGCUGUGAUGCAAACAGAUGGUUUUGAAUAUCUUAAGGAAAGUUGCCCAUCUGUCAUGACUGAACUGCUGGAAUAUGUGGCAAAGAUUGGUGAGCACUCCAUCAUUGUCUGCGGACAUGGUAAUGAAGCCAUACUUGAUGGCAGUGAUGUUAAUGGAAGACGUGUGAAACAAAGGAUAUAACAUGGCGGUUCUCUUCACACAUCAUCCCUGUAAACCCAAAACAUAAAAGAAAAAAGAUAGAAGGAAAAGGCCCAGACGCCUAGAAAAAUGAUAGGAUCAUUUUCUGGUUUGUUUACUUUUAACCUUUUUGUAAGAGAUGUAAGAUUAGUGAUUUGUAUGUUGCCAUGUAAUUUGAAAUUCUCCACUAGAGAGCUUGCAGGGCUUUCUGGUGAA